GUGGCGGCGUUUCUCUGCAAGCAAACAGGAAGUGGUACUGUGGAGCAGUUCAGAGACAGAAGACAAGCUGUCUUAAUUUCUUAGAAAUAAAUUAUAAGCAUGAAGCCGGCAGUUGAUGAAAUGUUCCCUGAAGGAGCUGGACCAUAUGUAGAUCUUGACGAGGCUGGUGGAAGCUCUGGACUUUUGAUGGACUUGGCAGCCAAUGAAAAAGCAGUACAUGCUGAUUUCUUUAACGAUUUUGAAGACCUAUUUGAUGAUGAUGAUAUCCAGUGAUCAAACCCUGUUUAUUCAAGUUUCCUACUUCUGUUAACAUUACAGCCUGUUUAAAAAAGACAUUGUAAAAUAAAUGCAUCUAAAAUGAAAAGUGAUGUUCCUGGAGCUACAAUGAAGAUUCAGUGGAGUAGUCUAUUGCACCAGUAGUGUUAAGCCAUAUUUUGUUACAAUAAAAUGCUGUAAAAGAACCCCCCUUCUUUUUUAACCAGAUGUUGCAACAUUCUAAAAAUCCCUAACAUUCCACUAUUUAUGUUAAAAUGUUAUUAUCCUGUAUCUGUUUCUUGUCUAAAACUGUUUUAGACCAAGAUUGUAGGGUUUGCUUCUGCAAGAACACCUGUAUGCGAAAAUCUUUGUUUCUAAUUAUUUGUGUAGUGCCUCGUUGUCGGGUUCAAUACUAACUCAACACAUAACAGAUGGUAAAUGAUUAAUGGUUUUCAGCACAGAAUUUUUCAUUUUAUGAUUUGUUUAAAAUUGUUCUGAAAGUAAGUUUUGUGGAUCAUACUUUUUUUUUUUUUUUUUAAAAACAGGUCCAAAAACACUAUUAUCAAGUUCCCAUAAAAAAAUAUAUAUGCCCCAUGGAAAUGUUCACAUCCGUAGCACUAGCACUGGCAUUAUUGUUGGCAAUUUAGUCAUUUUAUGCUCAGUAAUCUGAAGUAGCAUCAUAAUUGACAAAAGUAUUAUGUAUUGCAAAAUGCGGUUUCUAAAACUUCUAAUAAAAGCUUUCUUCUUGUAGAGUAAAUAUGGUCCUGUAUAAUGAUAUGUUAAUGUGUUGCCAGUUAUUAGAUAUUAGACAAUAAUUAUACACAAAGACGAGCCCCAAAGGUAUGCCACUCUUUCAAAGGUAGAUGUGGUACUGUUAGGUAAUGUACUCUUCUAGGUCAAUAGUGGGUGGACAAUGUAAUCUCAACUCUGCUUCUACAGUCACAAAAUAAACACAAUUGAAGCAUCCCAUAAAAAAACAUUAUCUCAAUAUAGCCUUGGUCAGCACAGGUUAAGUGCUUGUCUUUCUCAAACAUCAAAAGAAAAAAUGACAUUGGCAAUGAGCAUCUUAGAAAGCAAAGAGAUGCUAAGGAUUGAAUGGGCAUGGGGACUUCACUGCUCCCUGGAGGAGGGUCCUUCCAUGGUAACGCUCACUUUCACUGGAGUGCUAGGUUUGAGCAUUAAUGCAAUUCAGGACAGAACUGAACAAAAAUAAUAUCUUUAGACUUAUAACAGCAACGAUCCACUUUAAUAUGCUGCAGGGAAUUAAGUGAAAGGCAAUGCCCGCUGCUGAGGGCAUUAUUGCUCAGAGAAUCUAUUCCUACUAUAAUCUAGUGUAAAGGCUCAAAUAACUGCUUUGCAGUUAACUUGUAAAAUUCCUGUUGCAGAUGUUCCUUUGUCAAAGCAUGUUAAUAAAAUGUAUGUUUCAGAUGGAAA